AUGGCCAAUUUUGACAGUCAACUAGCACAAAAUGCAUUUAAAAAUGAUGGAUCAUUUCUUGAAGUAUUUAAACGUUUUCAACAACAACAGCAGCAGACGCCACAACAAUCAAAAUCUGAAGUACAAGUUUCACAAACUCCAUCGUCUGCUGCUGCUACUUUAGCUGUUGCUUCAGAAAAACGAUCAGAGCCACUAAAAGCAUUGCCUAUUGUUGGCAAACGUAAAAAUAAAGCACUAAAAACUGGUAUAGUUAAAAAAGUUAAGCAAGAUGAUGAUAAAAAACCAUCUAAAUCCACAGAUGCUUGGUCAUUGUAUUUAGAAGAAGUUAAACGCUACCAAGAAACGGUCGGGGAGCAAGAUAAUAAAACUAGACCCCUUGUGAAAUAA